UAGGAUCCAAGGAAGCUCGUGUUCAACUCAUCGGCUGCUCGAAGUUGUCCAACUGCCCGUAUGAUAGGAUUUUUCCCGCUGAAGACGGAGAUAAAGAUGUAGAAGAUAACUGUGCUUUGAUGUAUCUCAAUGAAGCCACACUGCUGAACAACGUUCGUCUCCGCUAUCUAAAGGAUAAAAUAUAUACAUACGUUGGAAACAUUCUUGUGGCAGUUAAUCCUUACAAUGACAUUCAAGAUCUGUAUUCCACGCAAACAAUAUCACGCUACAGAGGGAAGUCUCUGGGCUUACUUCCACCUCAUGUCUUCGCCAUCGCCGACAAAGCGUUCAGAGAUAUGAAAGUCUUGUCUCAAUCGCAGUCUAUGAUAGUUUCUGGUGAAUCUGGGGCUGGAAAAACAGAAUCAACCAAA